UUUCAGUUCUCUCGCUACCGUGACUAAGAUGGAAGCCUUUGUGGAGCCUCGGCUGGGACACUGGGCCGGGGGCCCGGCUCCGGGGCAGUUUUACCGCGUUCCAUCCGCUGCGGGUUCCUUAGUGGGUCCAGCCUCCGCGCUCUACGGGGCUCCAGCUACGCGCACCCAGAACCCCAUGGUGACCGGGACCUCGGUCCUGGGCGUGAAGUUCGAGGGCGGGGUGGUGAUCGCGGCGGACAUGCUGGGCUCCUACGGCUCCUUGGCCCGCUUCCGCAACAUUUCCCGCAUCAUGAAAGUCAACAACAGCACCAUGCUGGGCGCUUCCGGGGACUACGCCGACUUCCAGCAUGUGAAGCAAGUCAUCGACCAGAUGGUGAUUGACGAGGAACUUCUGGGAGACGGCCACAGCUACAGCCCGAGAGCCAUCCAUUCAUGGCUGACCAGGGCGCUGUACAACCGCCGCUCCAAGAUGAACCCCCUGUGGAACACCAUGGUCAUUGGAGGCUAUGCUGAUGGAGAAAGCUUCCUAGGUUACGUGGACAUGCUCGGGGUAGCCUACGAAGCCCCUUCAUUGGCCACUGGUUAUGGUGCAUACUUGGCUCAGCCCCUGCUGAGAGAAGUUCUGGAGAAGCAGCCAGUGCUGAGCCAGACCGAGGCCCGAGAGCUAGUGGAACGUUGCAUGCGAGUCCUGUACUACCGAGAUGCCCGUUCCUACAACCGGUUCCAAAUUGCCACUGUAACUGAAAAAGGUGUGGAAAUAGAGGGACCACUGUCUGCAGAGACCAGCUGGGAUAUUGCUCACAUGAUCAGUGGCUUUGAAUGAAAUAGACGCCAUUGCCUGGAACUGAAGUUGCACCCUCCUUUGAACUUGUAUGAAUCAAAGGUAGAAUUUUUUUUUUGUAAAAUAAAUCAGAUUUGAAACGCUU